ACGCCAGCUAAUGUGGCUAGCCGGCUAACUUGGACUCUUUGAGUGGACGCUGGUUUUCCUGACACUGACAUUGGGGGGUGGAAAUUACCAGCAGUGUGCAGUCUGUCGCAACAGCAACUCAUUUCAGAAAGAAAAUACGUUGUCAUUGAAUCCUCCAAAACCCGUGUGGGUGGGAUAUCUUGUGGAGAGCAUCCUCGUUUACCUGUAUGACCAUGGCGGACGACGACGUGCUGUUCGAGGAUGUCUACGAGCUGUGCGAGGUGAUUGGAAAGGGUCCCUUUAGCGUGGUGAGGCGCUGCAUCAACAGAGACACAGGCCAGCAGUUUGCUGUAAAGAUCGUCGAUGUCGCCAGCUUCACCUCCAGCCCUGGCCUCAGUACAGAAGACCUGAAACGAGAGGCCAGUAUCUGCCACAUGCUAAAACACCCUCACAUCGUGGAACUGCUGGAGACCUACAGCUCCGAUGGCAUGCUCUACAUGGUCUUUGAAUUUAUGGAUGGAGCAGACCUGUGUUUUGAAAUUGUUAAGAGAGCCGAUGCUGGGUUUGUGUACAGCGAAGCGGUGGCCAGCCACUAUAUGAGGCAGAUUUUGGAGGCACUUCGAUACUGCCACGACAACAACGUGAUUCAUCGCGACGUAAAGCCCCACUGUGUGCUGUUGGCCUCAAAGGAGAACUCUGCUCCAGUCAAGCUGGGAGGUUUUGGAGUGGCAAUACAGCUGGGAGAGUCUGGCUUAGUGGCUGGAGGUCGAGUCGGCACUCCCCACUUCAUGGCCCCAGAGGUAGUGAAGAGAGAGCCAUAUGGCAAACCGGUGGAUGUGUGGGGAUGUGGAGUCAUCCUCUUCAUCCUCCUGUCUGGCUGCCUGCCUUUCUACGGCACCAAGGAGCGCUUGUUCGAGGCCAUCAUCAAGGGGAAAUACAAGAUGAACCCGCGCCAGUGGGCCCACAUCUCAGAGAGCGCCAAAGACCUUGUGAGACGCAUGCUGAUGCUGGACCCUGCUGAGAGAAUCACUGUCUAUGAGGCCCUCAACCACCCCUGGCUGAAGGAGAGGGACAGGUAUGCCUACAAGAUCCACCUGCCAGAAACAGUGGAACAGCUGAGGAAGUUCAACGCCAGAAGGAAGCUGAAGGGUGCAGUGCUGGCUGCUGUUUCCAGCCACAAAUUUAAUUCCUACUAUGGCGACCCCCCAGAGGAGCUACACGACUUCUCAGAUGACCCCACCUCCUCAGGGGCAGUAUCGCAGGUUUUAGACAGUCUAGAGGAGAUUCAUGCCUUGACAGACUGCAGUGAGAAAGACAUGGACUUCCUGCACAGUGUCUUCCAGGACCAACACCUCCACACCCUGCUAGAUCUUUAUGACAAAAUCAACACCAGGUCGUCUCCUCAGAUCAGAAAUCCUCCUAGUGAUGGAGUGCAGAGAGCCAAAGAGGUACUGGAAACCAUCUCCUGCUACCCAGAGAACAUGGAGGCCAAGGAGCUCAGGAGGAUCCUCACACAGCCACACUUCAUGGCUCUGCUGCAGACCCAUGAUGUAGUGGCCCACGAGGUCUACAGCGACGAGGCGUUGAGGGUGACCCCCCCACCCACUUCACCCUACCUGAACGGAGACUCCCCAGACAGCACCAACGGAGACAUGGACCUGGAGAACGUCACCAGGGUUCGCCUGGUCCAGUUUCAGAAGAACACUGACGAGCCAAUGGGCAUUACUCUGAAAAUGAACGACCUCAACCACUGUAUCGUGGCCCGCAUCAUGCACGGUGGAAUGAUUCAUCGACAAGGGACUCUGCAUGUAGGAGAUGAGAUCCGGGAGAUAAAUGGCAUCAGCGUUGCCAAUCAGACAGUAGAACAGCUCCAAAAAAUGCUGAGAGAGAUGAGGGGUAGCAUUACCUUCAAGAUUGUACCAAGUUACCGCUCCCAGUCCAUGUCUUGUGAGAAAGAGUCACCAGAUUUGUCCCGACAGUCGCCUGCAAACGGUCACGCUAGUGUCACCAGCUCCAUCCUGGACCUGCCAUCGACGAUUCAGCCCAAAGCCCGUCAGAUCACCAGAUCGGCUAUCAAGGACAAAUUGUCCAUCAAGAUUUAUGUACGUGCUCAGUUCGAAUACGACCCGGCGAAAGACGACCUCAUCCCGUGUAAGGAGGCAGGCAUUCGCUUCCGGGUGGGUGACAUCAUUCAGAUCAUCUCCAAGGACGACCACAACUGGUGGCAGGGAAAGCUCGAGAACACCAAGAACGGCACGGCGGGCCUCAUCCCCUCACCUGAGCUACAGGAGUGGCGCGUGGCAUGUAUAGCGAUGGAGAAGACCAAACAGGAACAGCAGGCCAGUUGUACCUGGUUUGGAAAGAAGAAGAAACAGUACAAAGACAAGUACCUGGCCAAGCACAAUGCAGUGUUUGACCAACUAGAUCUGGUAACAUAUGAGGAAGUGGUCAAACUGCCAUCGUUCAAGAGGAAAACACUGGUUUUGCUUGGUGCGCACGGAGUUGGUAGGAGGCACAUCAAGAACACGCUCAUCACCAAACAUCCCGACCGGUUCGCCUACCCCAUUCCUCACACAACUCGACCUCCUAAAAAGGACGAGGAGAACGGAAAAAACUACUAUUUUGUGACUCACGACCAGAUGAUGCAGGACAUCAGCAACAAUGACUACUUGGAGUACGGCAGCCAUGAGGACGCUAUGUAUGGAACCAGGCUGGAGACUAUCAGGCAGAUCCAUUCACAGGGCAUGAUCUCCAUCCUGGAUGUCGAGCCACAGGCACUAAAGAUCCUCAGGACAGCUGAGUUUGCUCCCUACGUUGUCUUCAUCGCAGCUCCCACCAUCACCCCUGGCAUGACUGAGGAUGACUCUCUUCAGCGGCUCCAGAAGGAAUCAGAGAUGCUGCAGCGGACUUACGCUCACUACUUUGAUCAGACCAUCAUCAACAAUGAGAUUGAUGACACCAUCCACCUGCUGGAGGAGGCCGUAGACCUGGUGUCCACCACUCCUCAGUGGGUCCCCGUCUCCUGGGUUUACUGACGUACAAUCAAUGGCAAUUAGCUCGACGCCCUGAACGAUCCGUCUCUGAUCCGACGCGGAUGCUAAACUUUGGUCAAAUCCCCUUCGAGUCAUGUCUCUCUCAUCAGAAUCAUACAUUUCUGUAGAUAGAACUGUUGUUGAAAAAGAGGGAAUUGAAGAAACUAAUAACUCUGACGCCUCACUACAGAGACUUCAUCCUGCCCCUAGCCCUUUUUUCCUCAACAGCCUAAAAGGCAUAUUGUUGUGUACAUAUAUACAUAUAUAUAUAUAUAUAAAUGACAAAAAACUAAGUGAAUAUGGUUCUGUCCUCAUGUAGUUGAAAGGAGGGGGAGGGGGGAGGGGCAGUGUGGUAGAUAUUUUGUACUUUUCUUUUGUAAUUGAUGGACGGGUGGUAAUACUGGAGGCAAUAGCGAGCAUGACCAUAAAGCAGUCUUAUGUGGGUGCCUGUGUGUGUGUGUUGACCUUUUAAGGCACUUCUUGUGGUACUCUGUGUCCUCCUCUCCAACGUCCCCCAAUUUCCUCGGCCCCUGUAACAAACAAGCCGAACUCUGAAGCACAUUAGAAGCUGCCGUAGUGGCAACAAGUAACUCCCUCAGCUCCAAAUGCAAGUUUGAGUGAAGCGAAAAGCACAGGAAACUUGGCAGUUUCUCCCCCCCCCACACUCACUCCCCAGGCCUUUAUUUAUUUUGCUGGCCCUCUGUGCCUAUCAGUUUGUUGAAGGAGCACACCGCUUCCCUCUACGCUGUCUUUCCCAGUGUCGCUGUAGCCUGUUGUUCCCCGCUUCCCAUCCCAACCUCCGGUGAUCUUUGUUUACAUCUCAGUUUGCACAAAAUGGACAAUGAAGAAGACACGUACCGCUUUUUGUCAGCUUACGGUUUUCGCUUAGCCUCGCCUACGCACUCUGGCUGUCUUCACCCCUCUCCCGCCAUACACGCUAACCAGCAGUCAACGGAUUGAGAAUAUCGUUCUCGGGGCACAAUCGGCUGUGAAAAAGCACUCGCGCAUCCACCGCUAAAAAUUGCUCCUGAACUGGAUUACAAACGAGAAAUGAAAUAAUGGAAAGGAGGAGAACAAACUGCCUUAUCAGAGCCUCGGGAAGAAGUCGGCAACACCUAUGCACACCCCUGGUUUCUGCCGGGCAGACCGCCACGAGAACCGUUUUCUCCUUUCCUCACGCCAACGACUGGCUCGCUAUCUGAAAGUGUUCGUAGGAAGGUGUGCGUGUGGAGGGGGAGGGCCUCUUGCAGGUGGAAUAAAUCCAAUCCUAGAGCCACCGUUUUGAAACUGUUACUUGUUGUCUUUAAAAAUAUAAGGAGUAUUCUUGUUUUAAGGGAGAGAAAAUAACUAAAUUUUGUGUGUAAAUGUUUCAAUGGUGCGUACGUCAUAUGAGUGAACUACCAAGAGCCAGUGUAUAUUAACCCUUAAAAGAAGCUCAGUAUGUGACAUAACCUCUUCAUGCUUUACCACAAGUGGCACAAUGCUCCCACACCAACAGUAACUCGGUAUGUAAGGCACAUCAGUUGAAGGCUAGAAAAAAUUAAAAAAA